CAGGACAGACCCGUGGGAGCUGGAUCUCACACAGCCAUGGCCUCCAGCGUGGGCAGCCUGGACAGCCUGGACCUGCUGGACCUCCUUUUUGACCGCCAAGAUGGGAUCCUGCGUGGCAUGGAGCUGGGGACACCAUCAAGCACCUGGCAUGAGGACAGGCUUGCCCAGGACAGUGACGACUUCAUCACAUCCAUCCUGGGCCCCAGGGACUCAGCACUGGACUCUCCCAGCUGGUCCCCGGCCACCAGCGACAGUGGGGUCUCCGAGGACCCCCCCUCUGACCAGCUCGACAGCUCCCCCAGGAGCUGUGAUGGGCGUCCCAGUGAGGUCCUGUACCACUUUACCAACCCCUGCCAAGCUCUGCCCCUCCCAGGGGCAGCUGGGGUCCAGCAGUCUGAGGUCUCCAUCGACCUGGAUAUGUGGCACCCUGGGUUCUUCCUGGAGGAGAGCCAGGACCUGUCCGUGGUCUCUCCACCCACAUCCUGCAGCCUCACCGUGAAGGACCUGCUGCUCUCUGGCGGCUCUGAUGCUCAGCCGCCGGUGCCCAGCUCCCUGCUGAGGCAGAGCCAGGGCCAGUUCCAGGAGCUGGUGCUGACGGAGGACGAGAAGAAGCUGCUGGCCAAGGAGGGGGUGUCCCUGCCCACGCAGCUGCCCCUCACCAAGUACGAGGAGCGGGUGCUGAAGAAGAUCCGGCGGAAGAUCCGGAACAAGCAAUCGGCUCAGGAGAGCCGCAAGAAGAAGAAGGAAUACAUCGAUGGGCUGGAGAGCAGGAUGUCGGCGUGCACAGCCCAGAACCAGGAGCUGCAGAGGAAAGUCCUGCACCUGGAGAAGCAGAACUCGUCCCUCCUGGAGCAGCUGAAGAAGCUCCAGGCUCUGGUGGUGCAGUCAAGCAACAAGGCAGCACAGACGGGAACCUGCAUCGCGGUCCUGCUGCUCUCCUUUGCCCUCAUCGUCUUUCCCUCCAUCAGCCCCUUCGCCCCCAGCAAGGCCGAGGCAGACGGCGACUUCAGACCCGUGCGAGUGUUCUCCAGGUCCCUGCACAACGCGGCCGCGUCCCGCGUGGUUCAGACGCACCCCCAGGCCAGGGAGGAGAAGCCGUCGGAGCCGCGGUGGCCGGAGCGCCUGGGCAAAGCCCCCGAGACCCUGCACGGAGCCUUCGGCGGCCACACGUUCGCCCCGCACCUGGACAAAGCCUCCCCCCGCAACACCACGCAGCCACUCGCCUCGGAGGGGCUGAGCCAUGCGGACCGAGACCCUCCUAGCGCCGCGUCAGAGGAUGGCAGCACCGCCCCGCACCACGGCCUGGCAUCGCUGGCCUGGACCGAGGCUGCCCGCGGCAGUUCCAAAGGGCUGGAGACGGCCGAGGAGCUUUGAGCAGCCGCCAGGGACCGCAGGGGACGCGAUGGGUGG